AAAUAAAUAAAAAGUAAAAAUGGAACAAAAGAAGUGUGAUUUUUCUACCUUGUGAGAAGCCUCCGCUUUCCCUUCACAAAAGUCAACGCCCCUUCAUCCUUCAUCUCUUCAUCAUUCCCUGAAAUUUUAAAGCAAAAAUAACAGCUGAAAAAGUAGAGAAAAAAAGGGAAGAAAGAAAGCAUAGAUUGUUUCUUUCAUACAUAUUUUUUUCAUGUUUUCUUAAUUAUGGGCGGCAAGUUAAGUGUGUGUUUCACCGGCGGCGGCGAAUAUGGCGGAGAAAAAGCUCGUCGUAGGAAAGAAAUAUCCUCGUUAUUAUCGGAUCCUCUCGAUGAAGGACUUGGCCACUCUUUCUGCUACGUGAGACCCGAAACGACCCUUCUUUAUUCGUCCAAGGUCCAUUCCGACGAAUCCAGCACUACUUUCGGUACGAUCUCCGGAGCCUCCGUUAGCGCCAACACAUACACGCCGCUUUCGACUGCGCUGGUGGAUCCGUACGUCUCUUACAAAAACAGCUGCUUCGACCGAGCUGCAGCUUUCGAGAGCACUACCUCGUUUUCAUCGAUCCCGCUGCAACCGAUUCCAAAGAAUCUGAUAAGCUCUUCGGGUCCAUUAUCGGGUAGCCUCGCUCCGGGUUCGGGUCCUUUAGAAAGAGGAUUCAUGUCGGGUCCUAUUGAGAGAGGGUUCAUGUCGGGUCCUCUCGAUAAUGUUAGUAAUCGCGGGAUAUACUCGGGUCCACUCCAUAAAGGUAUUUCCGAUCAGUUUAUUAGAAGCUUUUCUCAUGGAACUUUUGCUUUUAAAUCCAGAUCGAGAAAAGGAUCUUUAAUUCGGGUCCUCCACAGAGCAAUAUCAAAAGUUUCCCGCGGCCAAAAGUCCGUUGUCGCUCCAAUUAAAGGCGUCGUUUCGGUUAAAGAAUCCGAAUGGGUAAUUGGGCCUGAUAAGAACCUGAUUAAUAACCAAAAUGAGAAUUUGACGGUCAGUAGUUUGAAUCUGAGCAGCGAAGGUAGUUUAGAUGAUGAUAAAUUCAUGGAAAGUCAAAUCCUUCAAUGGGCACAGGGGAAAGCUGGUGAGGAUCGCGUACACGUCGUCGUUUCAGAGGAACGUGGAUGGGUUUUUGUUGGCAUUUAUGAUGGAUUCAACGGUCCUGAUGCUCCUGAUUUCUUGUUAUCAAAUCUUUACUCUAAUGUUCGUAAAGAACUCAAGGGUUUGUUAUGGGAUGAUGGGUUUGAACAAGUCCCUGCAUCUUCCCCCGAAGAAGAAAACCAGAGCAGGGAGCCCGAACCGACUAGCCGUUGCUACGGUGAUGCUUGUUCCCAGUGUAUCGAGAAGGAGAACUACCCCUAUGAUAAAGAAGUUAAUUUCAAUUCUAAUUUGAGUUCGGAAAAGAAAAAGCUAAAGACGUCGAGGGCAAGGUAUAAGGGUGCGGCGAAGAGGUGGGAAGAGAAUCAAAGGAAGUGGAAAUGCGAAUGGGAUAGGGAAAGAUUAAAACUUGAUAGGAAAUUAAAGGAGCAAUUAAAUAGAAACAUGUCUGAUGGAUCAAGAUCGAUGAUUAAUCAUGGUGAUGUGUUGAAAGCUCUGUCUCAGGCUUUGAAGAAAACAGAGGAGUCUUAUUUGGAUAUUGCUGAUAAGAUGUUAAUGGAGAAUCCAGAGUUGGCUUUGAUGGGUUCUUGUGUGCUUGUCAUGUUGAUGAAAGGUGAAGAUGUUUAUGUGAUGAAUGUCGGGGAUAGUAGGGCGGUUUUGGCGCAAAAGCCAGAGCCCGAUUACUGGUUGGGGAAGGUUAAACAGGAUUUAGAGAGGAUUAAUGAAGAAACAUUGCAUGAUCUUGAAGGUUUUGAUGGAGAUAAAUUUUGUUCAAUUCCUGAUUUAACUGCUUUUCAGCUUAGUGUGGAUCAUAGCACCAAUGUGGAAGAGGAAGUUCAAAGAAUAAUAAAUGAACAUCCUGAUGAUGCUUAUGCUGUGAUGAAUGAUCGAGUUAAAGGUUCUUUGAAGGUCACUCGAGCUUUUGGGGCUGGAUUUCUCAAACAGCCUAAAUGGAACAAUGCACUUCUAGAGAUGUUCAGAAUAGAUUACAAAGGAACUUCUCCAUAUAUCACUUGUGUGCCAUCUCUCCACCACCACAGAUUAGGUCCCAAAGACCGAUUUUUGGUAUUAUCUUCUGAUGGGCUCUAUCAAUACUUAACAAACGAGGAGGCCGUAUCAGAGGUCGAACUUUUCAUCACAAUGCAACCUGAAGGAGACCCUGCUCAGCAUCUUGUCGAGGAAGUUCUGUUCCGUGCUGCAAAGAAAGCUGGCGUGGACUUUCACGAGUUACUCGAAAUACCUCAAGGGGAUAGACGGAGGUACCAUGACGAUGUAUCCAUCAUAGUUAUCUCUUUAGAGGGAAGAAUAUGGAGAUCUUGUGUAUAAGUUAGAAAAAAAUAUAUACAGAUAGAAGAUAUAGCAAACCAGCAAAAGAAACUCUGGCGUUUCGUUUUUGCAGUUUUUCCCCCGAUCAGCCGUGUAACAUAGCAAUGAAGUUCAUCGAAGGUUCGAGGAACGUAGUUAUGAAAAUGUAAUGGGUGGUGAGGGGGGUGUAUAAAGGUGUGUUCAUGUUGAUUAUAUAAACUAUCAUAGAAAUUGCAAUUUUUUA